CAUCAUACACAAAUUAGUGCAAUUAACACUACUGCUGAUAGCUACAUUUUGCCGAUUUUCUUUUCGUGCUUAGUUUCUCCGAUCUAUAACCUUGGAGCUCUAUCAAGUUUCAAUUAGGAAGUUACUUUUCAUGGGCUGUUUCAGUCUUAUUGGCAAGGGCACUUAGAGCAACCUUAGGAAACAAUGUUUGGCAGAUCUUACAGACGACGCUCAUUGUGAUUUGUGUACAUAACAAACAGAACGCAAAAAGACGUAGCGCUAAUGAAGUUAAUUUGUUCGAUUUUCAGUAGGUAUACCUGAAGUUUGGUAACGUCUAAAACAGAAAUUCUACCGAAAAUGACGGAUGAGACAGAAAAUGCUUCCGCGCCCAGCGUGAUGAACGAGCCGCUAGACAUGGUUCGAUUGUCUCUCGAUGAACGCGUAUAUGUUAAAAUGCGACACGAACGCGAACUUCGGGGUAGAUUACAUGCUUACGACCAACAUCUUAACAUGGUCCUUGGAGAUGUGGAGGAAACUGUGACAACGGUUGAAAUCGACGAGGAGACUUACGAGGAAGUUUAUAAAACGUCACGCCGCUCCAUACCGAUGUUGUUUGUCCGAGGCGACGGAGUGAUUCUGGUUAGCCCACCGUCUAGGGGGACAAAUUGAAGAGUUCCAGUUAUCUGGCGUGCAAAUGAUGAUGGGAUAGUUGUUUUUGAGCGUCGUCCCUGCAUUCGGGCUGAACAGCAAUCACAGCGUCGAUUCUAGAAGACCCAUUUAGCCGGACGCCUAUUUAUUAUUAUGAAUCGAAUACUCAAUAGCUGACAACCCCAUUUUUUGGUCCCAACGAUGUAGUUUGCUAGUAUGUUCACGGCUCGGUAGGCUGAUCAUAUGGAAGCAGUCGACUGUGUCCUGGGAUGUGCUGGGGCUGUGGGGUAUAUAUCAUUGGGCUGGAUGGAGCUAUUGAAGAGUAAUGAUUAUCUUCAUCCCUAGACUUCGGUACCCCUCAAGAGGAAUAGGUAGCAUUGUAAACGUGCUGAAAGAGUGUAUGAAAGAGUAUUGAGAAUGCUGUUCUUUGGAGUAGAAGCAAGAGACCGACCAUGGUCCCACGAACUUGAAUAUUCGCCUAUAAUUACAUAUUAACGAAUCUACGCGAUGGUUUAGUAAGAACAUAGUUGUGAUGAAUGUGGCAAUUAAUUAAGUGUACAUGAUGCUAUUAAUAAGAUAAUCUUGAUUGACCUUGACUCUCUUUAAGCAGAGUUUAGCAAGCGAAAUAUCUAGCACAAAAGGAGAAAAAGUGAAAUGUCCAGAACAAACUAAAUAUAUAAAUAGCACAGCGGCUCCAUUUUACAAAAUUGAAUCUUUUUUGUAGGAAGUCAAAAAGGGAGUAAAUCGAUAGUUGGGGCAAAGCAGCCGUAGAGUUAAGUUAGAAAAUCAAUAACAUGGUUCCGGAAUGCGUUAUUCCCAAAAAACAGUCAGGAAAAAACAGAUCUUCAUACCGCUUCCACUGUGCGUUCCUUUGAUGAAUUAUGUAUAAAUAUAUAGCCUUAUAAACUGUGAGCCUAAGAGUAGAUAAAAAAGUUUUUGUGAUGAUAUUCACUGCAAAAAUAAACAAGCGCAGCUUGAGAAUUUAAUAGAUGAUUUCUCUCUUGCCGAAGAGAUACAGGAUUGAAGUGCUCAAUCUCAACUGAUUUGAAAGUAAUUUUUUCAAGACAUUCCGAGACAUUUUUCGAAUAGAACUAAAUAGAUCAAACGGUAUAUUCGACUAGAUCAAAUGAACUAUUUGGAUUUCAAUUUUAUUUACAUAGCGGUUGUUAAACUAACACACAAGCAAGAGUAUCGGCUAUAGCACGUCUAAAAAGGUUCAUACUAGUAUCAAUAGUUAUAUUGCAGUUAUAUAACUGUACACUGAUGUAGUACGUUUUGUAUGUGCUUCGCGCCUAGGAUAUUGAUAUGACUAGGUUGAUUCCUAAAUAUCUGAAGUUCUGUGAUGCAAGUCGACUCAAUGGAUAAGUCCAUGUUUUGGUAUAGCCAUUAAUUUUACAUGAAAUCUUUCCAUAACAAUAUGAGCAUAUAAACGAAGCAUAAUAUAUAUAGCAUAAUAUAUAUAAAUAUACAUAGCAUAAUAUGUAUUUUACACAUUAAAUUUAGAGAUAAAAUUGGCCAUAUAAAGAAAUAGUCUGGUAGCCUAAACAGACAGUUGUCUACAGACUGCCGAUAUCCCUACUUGCUAGGAAAACAGAAAAUUCUAAAAAAAUUUGUUCGCAAAGUUAUGUACGUUUUCAAAACUUUUCAGCUUAAACUGCUUUAAGAUUUAAUCCUUAUUAUUUUUUUGAGUACCUAUUAUAUAUUAUCACUUACCUUGCAGAAUCAUGUAAAUUGAACACCAGAAAUAAGACUUUCAAGGACCUUGGCGUGCGACAAGGCUUUGUUUGCAGGAAACGAGCUCAAGGCAUAAUUUCUGAUCACGUAAGUUCUCGACGUCGCCUGGUUGGGGACACUAACGACAAUAAAACAGUGUCCUAAUAGCGAAAAAGAAAAAGCAAAAUAAAGAUGGACUCAAUACGUUAGGUAAACUUUAUCUGCAUUUAAUGAAAACGUUGUAUGCUGAAACUAAAAAAUACGAUUCUCCCACAAAUUAGCUUUGGAGCAACUUUUAAAAAGUUCACAGCCGGACUAAUCAUAAAAUGGUUUGAUUUGAUUAUUCACUUACUGUCUCUCAAUCACUCUAUCUCGAUCUUUGAUUGCUGAUAACGUUCCUAUUUGUAGAAUUUUUAUAUGAGAAACGUGGGUUUUUAAGGCCAAAUCUUCGAAAUACUGUUGGGUACACGAAUGCUAGAUCGUGUUGGCAUUAAAAGCAUCGGAAAUUGCGGAAGCAAUCGGAAACAAAAUCUAACAGUCAUGUCGGCUUGCCACCUUGGUAAAUUGUUAAGGCUCGAGUAUAUAACGGUUCAAAUGCUGCUACGCUAUCGCGUCUCCAGCUUGGAUGCAACGAACUUUCAUAAAUUUUCGACAGACUACUAAGGAGUGUAUGCGUUUGUUUCUGAUGACUGGUAUCUUAGAAAACAUGUCACGCGUUUUUCGCUUGUAUCUUGUCUUGGAACAGUUAGCGGUUUUUAAUUUGAACUUUACUAUUCGAUAGGUUACUCGAUAGCCUUGCUAAAAAAUAUAAAAAAUAAAUACGUGUAAUUGUAGUAGAAUUUAAUUGGUGACAAUAUGGUAAUAGCAAUGCUGACUCAUCAGCAGGUUGUUGCGGCAGCAUUUCUUGGUAUAACCGUUACAGUCGUAUACACUACCCUAAUCCACCCAGAGGCCGUUAGCUCAACGAAUGUUUCGCAAAUCUAAAGGACUCAAGAUUUCUGCCGAGCGGUAACUUCAUACUUGGUCCAUUCCGAUGGCUCUAGUCAUCUUUAGAGAGCCUGCUCGUCCAAAUGUUCUGCGUUAGCAUUAUAAGGGUCCUACUUGACUUGAUUUUCAGCAUUUUAGUUCAUACUGUAGUAUAUUCUACUCUAAGCAGUAGUGGCAUAUUGGUCCAUUCUCUUCUAGAUUUCUGCCACUUCGGUCAGGAGCAGUUUCGUGUUGUUUCCUUCCUUAGUUGUCUUGUAGAGAGUUUGAAAUGUUGUAUAACUAUAUCAUGACCGAAGCGUAUUUAUAAGGCCAUAAGAUGAAUUGUAAAUCCCGAUGAUGGCGUGUUUACCUGGUAAAUUUGAGGGAUACGUGGUGGUCUGGAAUUAAAUCCAAGCGCGGGCACACUUCCUUCCCACUGCUCGGAGCCAGCCGUCUGAUACUGUGUUUAGUAGUUUAUUAACGUUUAUUAAGUUUAGUCGCAUUUCGAGCACAAAUGAUUAUAGACAACUUCAAUGCUUUUAACUUCAUUUUGCGUACAGGCCGAAAUCUCAAAAUUCGUAAGUUUCAGCUCUCUAUUAGUAGCCUUUUUUUUAUACCUAUUUAACUACAGGGUACUUUCCUGUCAAUCUUUAAUGGUAAUGUUCCAAUUGCGUUCAGUGCUUCUCCAGCGUGGUGUUAAUCUAAAUGUUCCGAGUCUUACGUCUGGUUCUGUCGUUAAACAUCGCUUUACGCGGCUGGCUCUUUCCAGCUUGAAAUGAGGUGACUUUCGGCUUUGGGCCUAUACUACCUCACUUGAUUUCUCUAAGUUUAGUGAGCAAACACGUUGCUAUUGUGUCGUCACAGGAUAGUUUUUGGCCUAUCUGAACUCCACCGGCAGUCAUUAACGUCUUAGUACUCGUUCAUAUUCAGAUACACCUUCUGGUAUUUUGGCAUUUCACUUGCUUAUACUGUACCUAUCUGGAAAGCGAGAUCCUAGCUUUACGCAAAUGUUAACAAGUCUCCGGAAUAAUGAACAUUUUCUAGAUAAAAGAUAGCGAUUUCUGCAUAACUUUAAAUCGAAAAAAUCAACCUUAAUGAAUUCGAAAUGUCAGUAAUUUAGCCUAUUGCUGAUAGUUAUUGUUGGUGAUUUGGCUUUAAAUAGACAUAGAACGAAUAAUAAAAUUAAACCAUCCUCUAUACAUGACUACUCUCAUUGCCUCAAUCUGGAUUCAUUCGACACCAAUUUCAGCUUUUAGUAGUUAAAUAAGACCACGGUGCCCUGUGCACGUCUCAUAGCAAAAAUGCUCCAUCUACCGAGCUCGACAAUCUUCUAUAAACCUCAUAUUUGCGUACACAUGAUAUUCAUGGAAAUAACCUUAGUUUUAUUUUGGGUAAACUCAAGAAAUUCAAUUUUUAAAAUAAAUAGUCAUUUUGCCUUCAUUGUGUUGGAAAUAUUAUCGUGAACAAUGAUGUAGUGAACAGCAUUUAUGAGCUGAACUUGCCAAAUCUUGUCUGGUCACUCAAGUUUCGUGUCAUUUUGAUUUAUUUUUUAACUAUAUUGCUUCCUAGGGUAUAUCAUCAAAUAAUCGCAACCAACAACGGGAUUUAGAAAAUAUAUCUAACUUGAAUUAAAAAAAAAAUAACCAUACGCUUUUGCACGGAAAUCCUUCAUAUACGCGACUAUGAUACAGCGAUUAUUUUAAAAUUUCAGUUCACUUUGAAAGAUAUGUUAUCUAUUUGAGCCAGCGAGCUGAAUGAAGCUGAUUUGAAUUGUUCUCCGCCAGACCUACACAAUCUAAUCUUCUAAUAUUUACGCUCUCAUCUACCUGACUGUGUACCUACACGUUACAUAGUAGAGGAUAAAAUCCGUGGGCUAUAAACCUUGUGUCUAGGUAAAUAUAAUUUCAGUACAUUCCCAGUCACCACUGGUCAUUACGGCGUAGUGCAAAACGAGAAAUCCUCCGUCUGUUGAUGAAGAUACGAUAUGCCACAAGAGGUCGAACAAAUUAUUGUUUUGUCGAACAAAUUGUGUUAAUGCCAGUCUAUGUGGCGUUUAAGAUCGACAACGCAUAGUCUCUAUCCACUAAAAUUUUUGAGGUUUUUUUGGUACGUCGCCUUUUUCGGCUCCUUUUCUCCUUUAGUCUGUACCACAAAACCUUAUAUCAGAGUUAAACAAACCAAGCUACGUGAAUGAGCUGAAAAUGUUUAGCCGACACGCACGAAGGCAAGUCUGCCUGCUCUCCGAAACCUUAUGACUUAACCUUUAGAAUAAUUGCUUUGAGGACCGAAGUGGCAGGGCACUGUACUGCUGAUCUAUUAUCUUACAUCGCAAAUAAAGUCUGCUUUUACUGCACGUCACGAAAUCGUUGGCGUGCAAAAUGUUCUUGGAGAAUUGCAGUUGCUUAUCUCACGAAAGAAGGUUAUUAAUAAGGAAAAAAAGACAUAAAAUGACUGCCCCGCGGGCAAUACCUAUUGCCUGACGCCUUUUCUUUCUGCGACCCUAUGUUUCAUAGCGACCGAAUUACGAUACAAGCUGUGCUAAUACAAUGGUUCUUGAAUUAAAGUUGACUUGUGUAAAGUCGGUAACGACAAAGUAUAGACGCUGGCUUGAGCGAUGUAGUGAUUUGUAGGUUUCAUCCGUGGACAUUUCACAGGCCGUCACCGUCGAUCUGACAGUAUAGGUUCAGUUUCUAUCUUCUAAAAGAAAUGUUUUGAACUUUACAUCCGGGGUUUUAGGUAAGCAUUGCAUAAGACAAAAGUAACAGCUAAGGGGGUUAUAUGCGAAUAUCUAUGCACAUAUAUAUAUAUAUAUACACUCAAAUGUAUAGUGCGGCGAACUGGACCGCGAUUUACAAGUAGAAUGAAAAAAAUAGAUUAUCUUUUAUUGGUACUGUAUGUUCGGUAUAAAGUAUAAACCAAUAAAAUUGAAAAGCUGUGACCUAUUGAUACCUGUGUACUCACGUUCUGUCGAUUGCGGCUGUCAUAGCGUGUUAAUUAUGAAAGAUAUGAUAGUUAGUUUCUUACUUAAAACAUUCGCCUGCUGAAGCGGCCUCAUAGAAUAAGCGCUAUUUUAGAUUUUAAAAAAUCAUGUUACAGUGGGUACAACCU